GGGGGGGGCGGUGUCUCGAGCUGUCUCUGCCGGGUCCUCUCAGUGUUCCACAGCCGCGCACAUGGCUCUGUCUCUGGGCUGGCUCUCGGCCCUAGCCGCGGGGCUUUUCUCCGGGCAUGUUUUACAGAAACUCUGCUUCCCGUACUUCUGGAGGGACCUGUGGUUUCUGCUGAAGGUGGUCCGGUACGGCGUGGGGCUGGAGCUCUCCGCGCUCACCUCCAGCGUGUGCACGGUGCUGGAUCGGUUCAUCCAGCAGGCGCAGCGCAUCCCCGACAAGCCGUUUGUCAUCUUCGAGGGAGGCGUGCACACGUACCGGGACAUCGAUCUACGCAGCAACCGGCUCGCCAAUGUGUUCCUCCAGAGAGUCGGGCUGAGGAAGGGGGACUGCAUCGCCCUGCUCAUGAGCAACGAGCCCGACUUCCUGUGCGUGUGGUUCGGGCUGGCGAAGGUCGGCUGCUCGGUGGCUUUCCUCAACACGAACAUCAGGUCCAGGUCCCUGCUGCACUGCUUCAACUGCUGCGGAGCCAAAACUCUGGUGGUGGGUCCAGAUUUAGUGGACAGUCUGGACGGCAUCCUGCCCAGCCUGCUGGAGGACAACAUCCAGGUGUGGGCCAUGACGAGCCACGCCGAGCACCCACAGGUGCACACUCUGUUGGAUAAGAUGGCCGGCGCCUCGGACCAGGCGCUACCGGCGGAGUUACGCGCCACCACCUCCCUCAAAUCCCCCACCCUCUACAUUUUCACCUCUGGGACAACUGGGCUCCCCAAGGCGGCGGUGAUCACUCACCUGCAGAGCCUGAAGGCAGCAGCAGGGUUCUGGGCAUUCGGAGCCACUCAAGAGGAUGUGAUGUACAUCUGUCUGCCGCUGUACCACAGCGCCGCCUCCUUGAUCGGGAUAGGAGGAACCAUAAAGCUAGGUGCCACCUGCGUCUUGAAGAAGAAGUUCUCGGCCUCCCAGUUCUGGAAGGACUGUAGGAAACAUGACGUUACUGUUUUCCAGUAUAUUGGUGAACUCUGCAGGUACCUCUGCAACCAGCCCAAGACAGACGAGGAUAAGGUUCACAAGGUGCGGAUGGGAGUUGGGAACGGUCUGCGGCAGGACGUCUGGCGGGAGUUCCACAGUCGCUUUGGGAACGUUCAGAUGUGCGAGGUGUACGGCUCCACCGAGGGAAACCUGUGUUUCAUGAACCACGUUGGCAAGAUCGGAACUGUGGGCCGCUCCAACUUCUUCUACAGGCUCCUGUUCAAGUAUGACCUGAUAAAGUACGACAUGGUGAAGGAUGAACCGGUCACCGAUCACAAUGGUUUCUGUCAGCGAGUGGAAAUGGGCGAGACGGGGCUUUUGCUGUCCAAGGUGAGCGCCACCAGCCCCUUCUUUGGCUACGCUGGGAGCAAGCAGCUGACCGAGAAGAAGCUGAUGAGGAACGUGUUUGUGAAGGGCGACGCCUACUUCAACACGGGAGACCUCAUGGCUGAAGACCUGGAGGGCUUCAUCUGCUUCAGGGACCGGGUGGGAGACACCUUCAGGUGGAAGGGUGAAAAUGUAGCAACGACGGAGGUGACAGAGACUCUCGGGCUGGUGGAUUUCAUCCAAGAAAUCAAUGUAUACGGAGUAGAAAUACAAGGGCACGAGGGCAGAGCGGGCAUGGCGGCCAUGAUCGUACGACCGGGACACGUGUUCGAUGGGAAGAAGCUGUUCGAGCACGUGUUAAGGGAAAUCCCAGCGUACGCCCGGCCACUCUUCAUACGGCUUCAGGAGGAGAUGGAAAUGACGAGCACCUUCAAGCAGCAGAAGUUCCAUCUGGUUCAGAGCGGCUUCAACCCCGCGACCAUCUGUGAUCUUCUCUAUGUGUUGGACUACUCGCAGGAGAGCUACAUUCCUCUAACAGACAGUAUCUACCAGAGCAUCAUCGCCGGAGAACGCAAGCUAUAGAACCCCCCUAGUAAGGAAGGGAUGACUCAGCUGGCAGAUGGAUAGAACUGAGCUGUGCAGGCUGCGGCGCGUUACGUUCAGAGGAAACCAGCGGGCCUACAGUCCUGAUUCACUGAAGUGUGAAUGAAGCCAUCGCCCGGUCCGUGGUGAGAAGCCAUGAUGAGUUGAUCAAACACUGUGAACAGUAAUGUCUCUGAGAUUUCUAUGUUAACAAAGAUCACAUUAGUAAUGUGAACCUGAACGCAUCACCAUG